AUCUAGAAAAUUGCAGAUGCCAUCUGCAAAUUCGUCAAUUGUGUGCAGUGUCUCUCGGAUUGUGUCUAAGUGUCCGUUUUGUCCUUAUCCGUUCUGUCUCAAUUUUCGAUCCGAAAUUUUUAAUUUUCCUAUCGAAAACUCCCCUAUUUGGUAGACAUCGCUGGAAUUUUUUUGGACGUCACGAAGUUACGUUUGAAUUAUUAUCAAGUGCGAAAAACCGGUGCUUUUAAAAUUCGUGACAUACGAAAUAGGAAUCAGUAUCGUUGAUCGCACUGAAUUUUUUUCGUCUUUUGUGUUUCCAUACUCGUUCAAUAGUUUCGUAGAGAAUUUUAUGGUCACAAAAUGGGUUGCAGAUUAUCGAACACAGCUAAAUUGGAGAGACAAAGAAGUAAAAUGAUCGACAAGCAACUGGCCCAAGAAAGAAGAGAUGCUCUAAAGGCAAUCACCGUCAAGAUUCUGACUCUAGGUGCUGGAGAGUCGGGUAAAAGUACUAUUGUAAAACAAAUGAAAAUAAUUCACGAAAGCGGCUUCACGUUUGAAGAUUUUAAGCAAUAUCGACCUGUAGUGUACAGUAAUACCAUACAGUCACUUGUAGCGAUUCUCAGGGCAAUGCCGAACUUGGGAAUAAGCUAUGGAAAUAAUGAGAGAGAGGUGGAUGGAAAAAUGGUUUUUGAUGUAAUACAAAGAAUGGAAGAUACAGAACCAUUCUCGGAAGAACUCUUGGCUGCAAUGAAACGCUUGUGGGCAGAUUCCGGUGUACAGGCUUGCUAUGCACGCUCCAACGAGUAUCAGCUCAACGAUUCUGCGAAAUAUUUCUUGGAUGGUCUGGACAGAUUAGGAGCCAGAGAUUAUCAACCAACAGAACAAGAUAUUUUACGCACAAGGGUAAAAACGACAGGGAUAGUAGAAGUCCAUUUCUCCUUUAAAAACCUCAAUUUUAAACUAUUUGAUGUUGGAGGUCAACGAUCAGAGAGGAAGAAAUGGAUACAUUGUUUUGAAGACGUUACAGCGAUAAUAUUUUGUGUAGCUAUGAGUGAAUAUGAUCAAGUUUUGCAUGAAGAUGAAACUACGAAUCGAAUGCAGGAAAGUCUUAAGCUCUUCGACUCCAUAUGUAACAACAAAUGGUUCACAGACACAUCCAUUAUUCUUUUCCUAAACAAAAAAGAUCUUUUCGAAGAGAAAAUCAGGAAAUCUCCACUAACCAUAUGUUUCCCUGAAUAUGCAGGCGCACAAGAAUAUGGUGAGGCGGCAGCAUACAUUCAGGCACAGUUUGAGGCGAAAAAUAAGUCCACAACAAAAGAAAUUUACUGCCACAUGACAUGUGCAACAGAUACGCACAACAUCCAGUUUGUAUUCGACGCAGUCACAGAUGUUAUUAUAGCGAACAACCUUCGUAAUUGUGGUCUCUAUUAGGGAUAAUGUGGUUCUCACAUUCUAUGUGCAGUGACAUUUUUAAACAUCGCACCCAAAGAAUUCAUUUCGUUGGGACAUGGUUGCGUAAAAGCAAAUUGCAGUGGUAUUUUCCAACAUUUUUUCAUCAUUUUGAAUUAGAAAAUGUUAAAGGGUUUAAGGUUACCAUGAAGAUCAAUUAUCCCAUAAAUAUUUGAUUUAGUAUUAUCAGUUUUCAUAAAAACUUCAUCUGCAUCCAAGCUACAGGACAAUCACCUCUAAAAUUUAUUUUUAGAGUGAUAUCAUCCUUGCUCUCUUUUUAUUCCUUUGAAAUCAAUAUUGAUACAUAAAUAUUUUGAUAGGAUCCCAUUCAACUUUUUCUCAUUUCAAAAAUGUUAAUGCCGCAAUAUCCUACAAUCGAGAUUAAUUUGAAGCUGAAAACGAUCCCUCGGCUAGAAUUCAUAAUAGCCGAAGUUGAAAUUUCAAUUCAGCAACAUAUAAGUUCAUCAUAUUUGAUUUUUCAAAUUACUCAUGCAUCAGAAUAUUUUAAGAUUGAAAAAUGUUGGAAAUCUUCAAAUUGUACCAAAGUUGAGUGAGAAAUUGAUGUGUUCUUAUGUGUUACAUUACAUUAUAUGAGUUGAAUCUAUUUUUCAGGCGGUAGCUUGCUAUGCUUCUCUCUGUAUAUAAACAGAUAAAAUAGGAAGGAUAAUAACGUUGACUUCUCUCUGAAUAUUUUUGAUCAAAGACAAUUCAUUCAAUUAACAGCUUGGUUUUCCUCCUUCUUGGCCAUUGAGCUAAGAUAUUGCUUCUUUUUCAUAAUCUUAUAUCUGUGUAUAAAAUCGAAGUUUUGCAUUUUAUUUCAUCAUUCUUAAGACUUGAGUCUUGGUAGAAUGUAAAUAUCAAACCAUUUUUAUAUGAAUUAAAAUCAAAAUAUGCAAUAACUUGACAACACAUAAUUUAAAUUAGUUCAUCAACAAAAGAAUUUUAUUUUGCUGUCUUGAGUGUUAUACGCAGAUAGUUGAAGAAGGCAGAAGAACCAGAAUUAUUCUUUUUUAAUUUGACAUUACUGAGGGGAUUUUGAAAUAUUUUUGGAGAAUAUGAUAAUUUAUCAAACAUUCAUGAAAGCACCAACUUAAUCGCAGAAUCAACAAGUUUCACCCUAUUUUUAUUCAUAAGCCAGUGCCAUUCAAGAAUCAUCAGCUGCUGUAGUAUCUAUUUUCAAUUGUUUUAUGUUGGUUAAUAUUAUAAUUUGUCAUAUUUUAAUCAAUUCGAUUAUUUUUCUCAUUAUAAUAUAUUAUCUAUUUAUAAGAUCAAGUUACCAAAAAUUUAUGUAUUCUACUUUAUCUUGAUUUUGUUUCUCACAACUUUCGCUCAAAAAUUCUACCUAAAAAUCCUAAUCUUUUAAGUUUGCUUGAGUGAAGUGAAAAGUAAGUCUUUUGGACUGGUAGAGUGUAUAACAAUAGAUGAAAAGUACUCUGAAUGUGAAAAUAUUAAUCAUUUUAGGGAUUCAAAGUUACAUAAUGUGAAUAACAAUUUUAAAGCAUUUUCUUGUAUAUUACAAUUAUUGUUAUCGGAAGUAUGAUGAAAAUUUUUCAUUUUUAUCGUUGCCACUCUGUAGCCAAAAGAUCUUCCUGUGAAAUGCUUCUGUAUUCAUUCUUUUAAUAAUUCAUUUUUGCCAUUGCUUUUUCCUUUUAAUUUCGAUUAAUUCAAUUUUUAAGAGGAGCAUGUUCUCAAUUCAGGUAUAAAUGGACCCUUUCAACUUAGAUUUAAAGGAUUGCAUCGUACGUACAUUAAAAUAUGUGUAAAUAAAAAUAUAUGGCGCUUUAAACAGUAGCUUCAGAACAUUUCUUAGCUUAGUCAUAUUAUUUUUUUGUCAUAUAAGAAAAUAAUGUUGAUGCAUUUUAUGUAAACAUUCCUUGGUAUUUUGUAUCUGUAAUAUUUUUUUAUUAUAAAGUGGCAUUUUUCUUCUGAAAUAAUUCACAAAAUAAUGUUAUACUGCUUUAUCUGUAAGUAUUUUGUGAAAUCUGAUUUUUUCUUCCAGAUUUUAGAUGAUUUUACAACAAUAUAAUUUUUAAAGCACAGAAUUCCGAAAUGUGGCCCUCAUUUGAAUCAUUUUACUCUAUAACACAAUGUGUGAUCUGAAUAAUUCAAAUCCUCAAACAUAUAUCUUGUAAGGUGUAUUGUUUUCACACAAUGUAUGAUGAAAAAAUGAUUAUCAGGUAAUUCGAAAAAUCUAUAACUCAUUACUGGUAAUUAUUCCAUAAUUAUCUCAGAACUUAACUAAGGACCAAUUAAAAUAAUUUUGAACCUUAGUUUCCAGCACAAACCUGUCUGAAUAGAUUCUACAUCUAUUUAAUUUGAUCAAGAUAAUUUUGAUAUUUUUUUAAUAUUAUGUAAUCGAACAACUAACCCACUUUUCUUUCAAAAUUGAGGUAAUUUGAAUAUUACACAGAAAAUUAUAUUGUAAGUCAUCACAUCUACUUGUAGGAAAACCUCUUUUUAACAAACGUUGUAAUUAACCAAAGAAUGUUAUUUGUACAAUUUAAAUUCAAUUCUUCGAUCUUUCAUAAGAAGGUAGAAGUAUUUUUCAAUAAUGCUUUCAUACAAACUGUGUAUAUCAAUAAUAAUUCAAACUGAUCAUGCGAAAUUUCAUUGAGGGUGCCAUUCUGAUUAUUAUAUUCACACCUUUGAAAAUAACUUUGAAUGUUCACAAGGGAAUUUUCUGCGAGUUGUUGAGAAUGACUUCAACCCAAAGACAUAAGGUAUGUAACGCUUUAUAUCUUUGUUAAUGAUCAGUAGUUAACAAAAUGAAUGUUCCGGGUACUAAAUCAUUUGUAAUUGUUGAAUACAUAAUGUGUGUUAUGUAUUUUAUGAAAUAUGUAAAUACGGACAAGUUCGUUGAUUAGACUAUUUGAAAUAUUCAUUAUGUCUGAUAUAGCGAAUACUCUACCUUCUAAUUUUGAGUGUAAUACGCACAUAUUCUAUUCUAGGUCGGUCAUCAUGAUGAAAUAAUUGAAAAUUUUCCUUCUCUGAAAAUAUAUGGACAUUGAUAAUUUUCCGUUUACCACAGGAAUUUUACGCAAGGCGCAGAGAAAUAUUCAAAAUUUUCGAAGGAAGAAUUUGGUGAUUUUUUAGUGGGAAUGCCAAAUUUUGUACAAAAUAUGGAAAAUAAGUGGAUUUUCAAAUUUACCCAAUCGAAAUGUGGAGGUAGAAUCGAUAGGAUGUUAAGUUCCUCUAGUCAGUUCUUUCAAAUUGUAUCAUUGCAUAUUAUCAUACAGUUUUUGUAUUUCAUUUCAAAGAAAUAAAUCAAGGUGUAACUUU